ACGUGCCAACUCAUCUCCCUCCUCUCGACAAAAUUCAAAUUCCUCGCCGACGCCGACCACCACUUUCUCUCUCUCUCCCGCUCAACGUUCCAAAAACACCAACCGCCCAUUUCUAGAGAGAGAAACAAGAGAGAGAAGAGAGAGAGAGAGAGAGAGAGAGCGAUCGGAGAUCGGAGAUCGGCGGCGGCGAUGGAGAAGUACGAGAAGCUGGAGAAGGUCGGGGAGGGGACGUACGGCAAGGUGUACAAGGCCAAGGACAAGGCGACGGGGCAGCUCGUGGCCCUCAAGAAGACGCGCCUCGAGAUGGACGAGGAGGGCGUCCCCCCCACCGCCCUCCGCGAGGUCUCCCUCCUCCAGCUCCUCUCCCAGUCCCUCUACGUCGUCCGCCUCCUCUCCGUCGAGCACGUCGACGGCGGCUCCAAGCGCAAGGCGGCCGCGGCCGCGGCGGCGGAGGGCGCCGGCGCCGGCGAGGGCCACGGCGGUGCCGUCGGCGGGGGGAAGCCGAUGCUGUACCUGGUGUUCGAGUACCUGGACACCGAUCUCAAGAAGUUCAUCGACUCGCACCGCAAGGGGCCAAACCCUAGGCCCGUCCCCGCGGCGACCGUGCAGAACUUCCUCUACCAGCUCCUCAAGGGCGUCGCCCACUGCCACAGCCACGGCGUGCUCCACCGCGAUCUCAAGCCCCAGAACCUGCUCGUCGACAAGGAGAAGGGGAUCCUGAAGAUCGCCGACCUCGGGCUCGGCCGCGCCUUCACCGUCCCGCUCAAGAGUUACACGCAUGAGGUCGUCACUCUCUGGUACAGAGCGCCUGAGGUGUUGCUGGGAUCCGCUCACUAUUCGAUCGGCGUGGACAUGUGGUCUGUCGGGUGUAUCUUUGCUGAGAUGGUGAGAAGGCAAGCCUUAUUUCCUGGGGACUCUGAGUUUCAGCAACUGCUUCACAUAUUCAGGCUAUUGGGAACCCCAACUGAGAAGCAAUGGCCAGGAGUUACCACUUUGAGGGAUUGGCAUGUUUAUCCACAAUGGGAACCUCAAAACUUGGCAAGAGCAGUUCCAUCCCUUGGACCAGAUGGGGUGGACCUUCUGUCGAAAAUGCUCAAAUAUGAUCCUGCCGAAAGGAUCUCGGCUAAAGCAGCACUUGAUCAUCCCUUUUUUGACAGUCUCGACAAGUCUCAGUUCUGAUAAUGCCUCGGAUAUAUGGCUGAGUGUUCGCUGGACGGCCUCUUAUGUUCUGAUGUGGUCCUUGUAUUUACCUUAAAAGUUACUUUCACUGCUUAAAGGGUGCUUCUGUUUGCUAGGCGCUCGACGCAGCCGAGUGUCAUCAUCUCGGUGAUGAAGUAUCAUGUAACCAAUAUCAAUGAAUCUAUUAUUUGUCCUUUCAAAAGCGAUGGCUAUGUUCCCCAGGAAUUUCAAUGUCUCCGUCUUUGUUUUUAAUAUCACAGCAUGGUUCUCCAUUGUUUAA